AUGCUGCUUGAGUCCAGACACAGUGUCGCUGGCUCCAGUGAUCUGGAGCUGCCCUGGGAGUCAGGCAUUCUUAAAGAGAUAUUCUGCCCGGAGCAUGCUGCCCCAAGCAUUCCGUCAGUGAAAUUUCCUUUUGAUAUUCCCAUUUCUUCAGCUUCGAGCCUGGGUGAAGCGGAGAAGCUCGCAAAGCCGGAGCCUCGAUCCUGCAGCUUCUUUAAAGCCGUUUCUCAAAAGGUCAGAGUGGUGAAGGCUCCGAUCAGCCCUCUUGAUAAACGUGAGCUGCUUUGCCAGAGGUUCCAUGUGUUGCUUUCGCACUCUUAUUCGGGUUCUAGGCUAGGGGGGAUACUUGCCAAGGAGUCUUUUGAGAAGGGAACGCAACUUGUCUCGGAUGCACUUGGGGGUAAAGCCCUGUCUACCCUCCAGAAAAGGUACGGGCAAUUAUCCAAGUAUGUCACUUGGUGCAACGACACAGGAUGCAUAGGCUUCCCCCUUUCUUCGGAUCUUGUUCGGCAAUACACCGAGUUUGCAGUGAAGACCAAAGGGCAUGGAUCAGUGUCCAGCAACCUUGAGUCUUUCAACUUUGCGAUCUAUGUCCUUGGUGUUUUCAUUAAUGAGCCUCUCCGGUCUGACCCGGUCCUGACAGGACGUGCUCGUCGCGAGAGAUUGAACAAGCCUCCCAGGAAGCAGGCUCGCUCGUUUCUCGUUGCAGAAGUGCUUCACCUCGAGGGUUUCCUUGCAUCCGAAUCCAAUGCGCUUUUGGACCGGUUUGCCGCUGGUUGCAUGCUCUUUGCGAUUUUUGCCAGGGCGAGGUUAGGCGACUUGAAGUCCGUGUCAAGGUUCACGCUUGACCUUGCAGAACCAUCUGCAGACUGCGCCGAAGGGUUCUUGGAGUGUUGCCUCUUGUGGCUCACGUUAAAGGACUGGGGCCUCGCAUCUGGGGUAGAGCGCAAUUUUUGUUUUCUGUUGAGCCUGGAGUCCACAGAGGUCCUGAACAGGUCCCCACUGACGUUGCUCUUAGAGCGCUGUGCACGCCAGCCUCGCGUGGCUGGUAGAUGGACGUUGGCCCGGCCGGCCCGGGCUCUGAGUUCUCAUUUGGCAGAGCUCCAACAGCAGGUCGACCGUCUGCAGGCUCGUGUGUCUGCAGCUGAAUUGGAGCUUGGGGCUGCCUUGAUCGCGCAGCGUCAGCAAGAAAUUCGUCUAACUUUCUUGGAGCGUUUUGUGCAUCGCUGCAGACGGAUUCUGGCUUCCAGCAGUUUUCAGGUUGUGUCCGCCUCUGCUGCUGCUUCCGGUAGCGCAGGGGGUGUGGCGGUAGCAGCCUCAGAGGCAGACUUGUCAAACCGUCAAGAGAGCAUGGAUGUGCCGGCAGCAGCUUCAGAACCCGACUUGUCAAAGCUUCAAGAGACCAUUCGCGAAGCAAUCUUCUCAUGCAGUGAGCCUCAGGUUCUUCAGUUGCCUUGGGAAAUGCCGGGUUUGAAUUUGAUUUUUGGCAAGGGUGCUUUAGAUCAGCUUCUGCCUGCUGAGCCUCCCAAAAUAGUGUUCCCAGUCCCUACAGCGGCAGAUGCUCCGAUUGAGGAACAGGCCAAGGCUGCAAAGAGGGUUAAGACGGCCGCUUUUGGGCAGCCUUGCUUCCGUGGGUGUGUGAACUUCAAGAACGUUCUUUCGGAUGCUGAGCUUGAAGCUGGAGCCUGGCAGAGAUCUCUUGAGAAGUGGCAUUUUCUUUUGACCUUAGAUCCUUCGGUUUCGCUUGUGGGUUCUUCCUUGGCCGGCAUGGGAACUGCUGAUGGCAUGCAGUCCCUACGCGAACUGUUUGGCAGGAAGAAGGUAGCCACUGUGAGUAAGCGUGCAGCAUCUUUGCUUAAGUACGUAAAGUUCAUGCAGGAGUGUCGGCCCUUCUCAGGCCCCUUUCCUUUUUCCACCGAAAAAUGUGAUGAGUAUGUCAGGCACUUGAGGGCUUGUGAUGCCAAAGUCGGCGCUGUUGACGGGUUCACUGAAUCGGUGAGAUUCGCGAUCCACGUUGUGGGAGUCAGUUGCCGCGGGCCUUCCGACAAGAUUUUUAGCCCUUGGUCGAUUGGUCUUAAAGGCCUCAUGCAGUCGCAGAAGGCAGAGCGUGUGAGUGCACUUGUUUUGUCUGUGGAGCAAGUCUCUUUCCUCGAGGCGUGCUUGGGCAACACAGAGCUUGAUGCCAAGGGCCGUUAUGCCUGUGGCGCUUUCUUGUUCUGCAUCUACAGCAGAAGCCGAGUCGGUGAUGUGAAGAAGAUCCACAGGUGUAUAGUGGACACUGUGGACGCAGCUGGGGAAAUUCAGGGUUUUCUUGAAUGUGGUACUCGGGUGCACAAGUCCGCAAGGCAAGCAGCCGUGCAAGGAGUAUCUAUGCCUUUAGUAGCUCCUGUCUGGGGGGUUGGACCAGAGCCUUGGGGACCUAAGUUCGUGGCAGUCGCUGCUGAAGUGGGUUUAGCGUUCGACUCAGCUCGCGCGGGGCCUCUUCUUCCCGCACCGCUGGAGUCCGGCGAGUGGAGCCAGAGAGCAGUGACCACAGAUGAGGCUGGGCAGUGGCUGCGUGCGUUACUCAGCCGAUGCAACAAAUGCUCCGAUGGUGUGUCAGGGCAUUCGCUUAAGGCUACCACUCUUGAUUGGUGCGGCAAAUUUGGAGUCAGCGAGCAAGCUCAAACCCUCCUUGGUCACCAUGCCCUCAAGGGUUUGUCUAUGUAUGCUUAUAUGCGUGACAAGCUUGCGGCACCGCUGAGAGCUUAUGACGGAAUGCUCCGAAGCAUUCGGCAUGGCCUUUUCAUUCCAGAUGCAACUAGAUCCGGGUUAUUCAAAGCUGAAGGUGAGGCUCAUGCUCAGCACUAUAGCAAAGCUGCAUGGACGCCUGAACGAGAAGCUCAGUCUUUCCUUGAUAAUCAAUUCUCGGGUGAAGCUGAGGACGAAGUUGAUGGAGUUGAGAGUCGGGCCCCUGAGCCCGCGCCAAGUUCUUCGUCUUCUUCAUCGUCGAGCGACUCGGACAGUUCUGAUGGGGAGCCUGGGACUGACUGGAUCGAUGCCUUCGAUUCUGGGCUCGGGAAUUCCCUUGAGAAGUCUAACCUCUCUGCGCCUGACAUGGAAUUUUGGAGACAUGAUAAAACUAUGACCAUCCACUCCAUUGCGGUUGGUGCUUCUGGAGAUGUGUUCACUUGUGGCCGUAAGAGAACAGGUGAUUACUCAAAGGUGACGCAAAGCGCUUUUCUGGAGACUCGUCUCUGUGUCAAUUGCAAGAAGAGCAAACCUUUGAGGGACAUCGGAUCUUUGAAUGCUGUUGGGUGCGAGGUGCACCCAGCUCAGUCUGUCAAACAGUCGAGCAUCCUUUUGGGCUGCGAUGUGCGGCCCAAGGGAUUCGUGGCCAGUUCGAGUGAGCCAAUCCUGGACUCCGGGAGGUUCGAGGGCUCGAGCUGCGAGGUGCAGUGCGGGCAAAAUUUUGCGGAGUGCGAAAGGAGAGCCAAAUGGUUGCACGAGGCACCUGGGGGCUUGAUCGAGCGUUGUGUCGAACUUGCUGUGGCAGCAUAUGCAGAUUUCUGUGCAAUGGCGGGGUUGCCUGUGGCAACGUCCUUCACGGAAUCCAAGCCUGCUUUCGCUAAGAGAGCUUUGGAGGUCGGGCUAGCGCAAGCCGAAGUGGACCAUCUUGUCUCCAAACAGGUUGACACUCUCUCGAAGUUAGCUUUUGUCCUGGUUCCUCCUGGGAAGGUUCCUGAGGACAGUGCAGUCGUUGGGCUGCUCCCAGCAGGUUCAAGUCAGGGAGCCAUAGCAGGGCUCAAGCGGCUUCUUUUCGAAGCCCAUACAUUGAUUGUGUCAGCCCUCAAACAAAAGGUGGAGCGCACUGAGGAGUGCUUGCCUCUCACUCUUGACAUAGCCGAGCGAGAAGAUCGUUUGGUAAGCCAGAAAACACGUUUGGGCGGGUUGACAUUUCAAGGUGAAGAGGAGGUUGCACAUGGUGCAUAUGACCUUGUCUUCUCGAUGGCCCAGAAGAACGAGCUCAUUUGGUUGGCGCCUGAGAAGUUCAACACGCGGCGUGCAGAAAUAAGUGCCAAGAAGCCUUCUAAAGAGCUCGUCAUAGAUGGGAGCGGCGUUGCGGUUAAGGAUAAGCCCCAGGUCCUCAACUGUGCCAUCAACUCUGAACUAGACUUGGUUUUGGCCAUGCGCCGCAGAGCGCUUGCAUUCGACCUUGUUGGGCUCAUGAGUUUUGAUGUGGCUAACCGCUAUCAUCAGGCACUUGUUCAACGUCUCCAGGAGGCUCCCCCUCCCAACUAUGCCAAGGUCUCUAUUGCUCAGGUUCUCCGCGCUGAUCGAGCGGCAUUCCUCCGGCUGGCAGAGUUGCUGCCCACUUUGCGCCGCAGCGGCGUGGGCAAACUUCCGUUGGACGAGCAGCUUCCCAACAUCCUGCUCGACCCUUCAGUCGUGACCGUGGAGGUCUUUUGCGGAACUGGGCGGCUCAGUGCUUCCCUUCGUAGUGAAGGUUUUGAUGCCUUCGGUGUUGACCAUGUGGCCUCCAUUGCACAUCUGUGGAGCAUCUUGAAGGAUCCCGCUGUCAAAUUCAUUCAUUUUGCGCCGCCCUGCGGUACCGCAAGCAGGGCCCGUGACAUCCAGUUUCCCGGAGCCCCACCUGUCCUCCGCAAUGAGAGCCACCCCGAAGGGGUUCCUGAUCUUUCGGAGAUCCCUGCACUUAGAGUGCAAAAGGCUAACAUGCUGUAUAAGUUGACUCUUGAGCUAAGUUCUUACUGUCUUCUGAACGGCAAAUAUUUUUCCUGUGAAAAUCCGAGACGCAGCUACCUUUGGCUGCUUCCUCAGUGGCAGCAGUUCUUGAAGCGCUCGGAUGUCUUUCAAACUGUCUUUCAUCACUGUGAGUUUGGUGGCAUGCGUCGCAAAGAGACGCUCCUGGUGCAUAACAUCCCCAAGUUCCGCGAGCUUCAUCGUUUGUGCUCUGGCAAACAUGUGCAUCUGGGCUGGGGCAAGGUCGGCCGUACGUGGGCAACCAGCGCCGAAACGGCCUACCCCUGGGGCCUCUGCAAGUGCAUGGCGAGCUUGCUGAAAGAUCACUUUUUGGAACUUGGCUGUCGUCAAUCUCCCAAAGCUAUCGAUGAAGGCGCACCAGCCAUCCAAGGCGCGCGUGCUUUCACUGGAGCCCAGACUCGCAAGCGCGUGCCUCCGCUGCUUAGCGAAUUCGCUUCGGUUCACACUGUCACUGUGCCUUCCAAUCUUGCCGCGUCUUUCUUGCGUCCUGGCCAAAAGCUCCCGUCUCCGUGGAAGCCCGGAGAUGAUGCUGCUUGUUCUCCGGCGAUCGAGUGCUUUCCGGCAGGCAGCCGUGUCCUUCGUGCCCAUGUGGUGCGCAAGGGGAUUGAGGCUUCUCUCGGUCUGAAUCCUGACGAUACCGAGGUUCGAGAAGCCAUGAUGUCGGGUUCUGCCGAGCGGGUUGCUUCGCUUGUGAACAAGUUGCCUAAAGUACACCGCAAAGACUUGUCCUGGUUGCUUGACUUGCUUCCUUCAGAACCUCUUCGUUGGGAGGGCGAUGCUGGAGCGAAAUCGUUCCAAGGUGGCAGCUUUGUUCACGGCCCGAUGUGCGGGGUGCGAUCAACGACCAAGCAGUUCCCGGAAACUGUCAAGGCAAUGUGCUCUUAUGUCAAAGGCCUUUUUCCAGGUUUGGAGUUCGGAACUGUUGGGAUGUUCAGGGAUGUGUCCGCUCAGCCCCACCGGGACUCGAAUAAUGAAGUUUCCACAGACAAUGCGAUUGCUGCGCUAUCGGAUUUUUCUGAUGGCUCUGUGUGGAUGGAAGAUCCUGCGGGUGACGUCGAGCUUGAAAUCAAAGGUCGCGCAGUGAGAGGUGUUUGCAUUCCCGUCACCCAUGAAGGCUUCAGGUUCGAUGGCCGUCGCCUUCAUUGCACAAGGCCUUGGACGGGCCGGCGUGACGUCAUAGUUGCGUACAUGCCGAGGGGCCCUAAGAAACUUAAAGCUGAGCACGCCUCUUUCUUGAAGAGCCUGGGAUUUGUGCUUGAUCGAGCGGCUUCGGGGUCCCAAGCCUCGCCUGGGGACAUGACUAAGGCUGUCAUUGGUGUGUACCGGACACCAUCGCAGUUUGUUGAACAGGCAAUUAAGGUUGGGCACCCCACGCAGCUCUCUGCUCUCAUGCCUUCCGAGAUCUCCUGUGCAGUCCGGAGAAUCCAUAAAGAAGGUGAGGCCAAUGUGGCCAAGGAGCGCACCGCAACACUUCGCCGGUGGGUUAGCAGAGCAGCCGACUUAGAGCCAGCCGAGCGCGCGCUAAAGGCUGACCUUCCUCAGUUUCGAAAGGAUGUUCUUAGUCCUAAACGCCUCGCUCUUUUCGAGGAGCUGUUGCUUGAAGUGGGACAUGAGGACGUUGACCUUGUCAAAGACAUUGCCCGUGGGUUUGACUUGACAGGCAAGCUGCCUAGAUCAAAUGUUUUCGCUAAGCGCUUUCGUCCUGCGGAGCAGAGUGAAUCUCAACUUCGAUCCAGCGCUAAGAGGCUGCGUGAUGGUCUCCUGGCCACGAUCAAAGCUUCGGAGGAUCCUGUGAUUGACCAAGGUGUUCUUAAGGCGACGACGAAGGAACUUGAGCGCGGCUUCGUUGACGGACCGUUGUCUCCAGACCAGAUCCCUGAAGAUGCGUCCUUAACCCAUCGUUUCGGAGUCAUUCAGGGGAGCAAUGAAGACGGUCCAAAGGUGAGGCCCAUAGACAAUUACCUGUCUUCCCAAGUCAAUGCCGCAGUCACGCAGGUUGAACAAGUCAGCGUGCACACCAUUGAUGUGGUGGCCGGGAUGCUGGCCUGUUGGUUAAAUGAGUGGUUCGUCAACGGGCGCCCAGAGCACAGCACGCCAGUGUGCAAGGCGUGGGACCUGCGCACCGCCUAUAAACAACUCCCCCUUUCGGAUUUAGCUUACGCCUUAGAUAGUUUCUUUGUGCUCUUCAACAUUGAGCGUGGGGCGAGCGAAAUCUAUCGCCAGCGGGUGCUUCCCUUCGGCUCAACAGCCAGCGUGACCAGCUUCAUAAGAACGGCUUACGCCAUUUGGAAAUUAGGUGCCGUAGGGUUGACUCUUGUCUGGAGUGAAUAUUUUGAUGACUAUCUGAAUCUUUGCGGCAAGGCUUUUGCUCGGCAUAACGACUUUGUAAUCUCCAUGUUAUUCCAACUGCUGGGAUGGGAGAUCUCGAAGGAUAAGGAGCUCAGCUACGAUGCACUUUGCGUCGUCCUGGGAGUGCAAGUGAACCUUCGUGAUGCCAAACUCGGUUUGGCUUACUUGGAGAACACCGUGAAGAGGCGGACUGAGGCGUUGUGUGACAUUGAGCGGGCUUUAGCAACUGGUAAGCUUGAACCUAAAGAAAGUGAAAAGCUAAGGGGCCGGUUGCAGUUCGCUUGUUGCCAAAUUUUUGGCCGGCGACCAAAGGCGGCUUUGAAGUUGUUGUCGCAGCACUCCAGGCAACGCAGAUGGGACGUCAGCCAGCUCACGCGGCUCGCACUCACUCAGCUGAAAAGUUUCCUUGAAAGUUCCAAGCCACGUCCAGUCAGGGCGCGGCGUGAAGACUUUGUCCAUGUGUAUGUGGAUGCUUCCUUCGAGCCAAACGGCCAUUGUGGUUUAGGAGGAGUAGUUUUCAGUUCUUCUGGUGAGGCGUUGUGCUGGUUUGGUCAAGCUGUUGCCCCAGUACAUGUGCAGAAGCUCUUGAAAGCUGGUGACCGCGAAAGGGAGACAGUGAUCUUCGAGCUUGAGGCGCUUGUGCUCAGCAUUUGCCUCGAGGCCUUUCGCCCGUACGUCGAGCGGAAAGGUGUUGUCAUUUUCACUGACAAUGAGGGCGUGUUCGGAAGCUUCGUCAGAGGCCAUAGUGACAAUGCUUCUUGUGCUGCCUUGAUCGACUUCUUUGCUUGCUGCGAAGAGAGCCUGGAAACGAUCUGCUGGCUAGAUCGUGUGCCAUCAUCUUCCAAUCCUGCAGACGACCCAUCGCGUGGCGUGAUCAUCCGAGGUGCACCACGUGUCGAUCUUGACAUGAAUCUCUUGAGUCGCGACGAUGGUUCCGCGCUGUUGUGUGUGCCCACGUCUGUGGGCUCUUUGCUCAACCACCCAAUCAAGAAUGAAGCCUUCGUGGUGUGGAUCAAUGGCAUCCUUAAGGAUCUCCCCUUCUUCGGAGGUCACUUCACCGGCCACACAGCAAAGUCUACCUUACUUCCUUGGUUGGCCAAAUGGGGCGGCUCUGAGGAUGACAGGGCCAUUCUUGGGCAUCACAUGCCUAAGAGCAAAAGCGUAGCCACUUACAGCAGAGAUCUUCAGGCUGGGCCUUUGAGAGUGCUGUGGUCUCUUCUAUGUGACGUUCGGUCUGGAGCUUUCCUUCCUGAUUGCACACGCUCUGGCCGCUUUGUCCGUCAAGUCGAUGAUCCAGGAGUAGAGCCGGCCCUUGAUGCUCCUCCUGGUCUCUCUGAUGGGGCCCUCAGCCCUGACCUCUACCUCGGCGCCUUAGGUGAGGUCCAGAACAUGGGCAGCGAGGUUGGCCCUGAUGAGGAGUUGGCGUGGUACCGCAACCAAGAGCUGGAGGAUGCCGACAUCGAUGCUUUCCUCAACGCGAGCCGUGGCAGUGAGCUUGAGCCCUGGGGUCUCUCAGACCCUCCGCCCGAAACGGGGGCUUCUGAUGAUCCCCAUGUGGAGGGGGCGGCAUUUGAAGAACUUGCCACGGAAUGUGGCCUUUCAAGUGCACAGCUGCUGAUCCUGAAAGGGAAAGGUGUCUCGACGAUGUCGUCAUUGGCCUAUGCUGUCACCACCCCGGGUGUGCAACCUACGGAGCUUGCCCUUCGUCAGCUUUUGGAUACUGCCACUCCUGAAGCUGUUUCAGUUGGCGCCUUAUCAUCCAUUCGACGCUGUGUGUUUGAGUGCCAGACUUGUGUUGUGCAGCAACUUAAGCUCUCAGUCGAAGGGCAUGAGGGAGACAAGAAGUACGACCUCCCGCCUGCUGAACGCACCAGCCGCAUUGCGGCUCAAAAGACCAGGCUUGUCGGUUUUGAGUUAACCGGCGCGAUGGAGUGCGCAUAUUCCUGCUACACUCUUGUGGGCUCCAUGCUUGAAGCCGACUCGCCAAUUUACUUGGAGCCCCAUAGGUUCAUCACCAGGCAACAGGAGGUUUGCAGAGAAAAGCCCAAGCGUGAAAUCGUGCUCGAUGGGGGCACCAAGCUCACUGUUCGUGAUCAGCAGAGUCGUGAUCGUUGCCAGAUCACCAAUGAGCUUCAACUCUGGCAGGCUCUUACACGUCGGAGCUUAGCCUGUGACCUUAUGGGUGCCAUCAGCUUCCAGGUGCAAGAAUCUUGGCACCGCUUUCUGUUCGAUCGCAUGGCUCAGCCUCCUCCUCCGAGGUCGCCUGAUCCUCCUCAGAAGACCCCGAAUCCGGAUAGGGGCAAUGGUAAGGGCCUUGAUAAAGGUACCAAGAGGGUUGAUGCUUCUGCCGAGGUUAAACAUCCGGCCGAGGAAUUUUCGCUGGGUGUAUUGACAUCUGGCACCGCUCCUUCGCGCAAGGACGUUUUGCAUCUUUCCACACUUCUUCCCUUCGAUGCUCCUCAGCCUUCUCGGGAUUUAGGUAGUGCCGGUCAAUCGUGGACCACGGGUCUGUACACCAAAGGUGGUAUCACGGCCCUUCGAUCUAAUGUAAAAUCCUUUCCAUUUUCGUCUUCUCUGCUUUUUGCUUUCAUCAGAGCCAUCAGUCCUUCCUUCGAGUGCACCAGUGCUGCUCUCUUUGUCGACUCGCAGACAGCCCUGCAUCGCGACAGCUACAACGCGCACCUUCCCAAUCUGUUGAUUGGGGUCAACUCCUUCUCAGGUGGCCAACUUUGGCUCGAGGGAGAGGGACCUCAUCCAAUGACCGAUCCUUCAGGUGCCCAACUUCAUGGACAGCUGCACGAGGUCUCCCUCAGUCAUCUCACUUUCGAUGCUUGGAAACACAGACACUGCACAAUGCCUUUUUUGGGGUCUCGAGUAGUGGUAGUCGGGUUCUCGGUUGCUAGACACGAGUCGAUGCCUCUGGCUUGUCGCAGUGCUCUUGUAUCCUUGGGUGUGCCCUUGCCUUCCAUUGAGUGUGGUACCGAUGGUGCUCCUGUGCUGGAGCCUCUCCCGCCAACUGUGCAACUCUUCUUGGACAGAGUUAAACUGCGUAUCUCUGGCCGUCCCUCGAGUGACCUAGCAUUCCUUGAAAUCUUUGCCAGGCAUGGUGGUGUGUGUGCGGCUGUGCGCAGCCUCGGCAUGCAAGGCUUUGCAAUCAAUCGUCAUCCCCGAAACACUCGGGCUCCUGUUGUUCCGCUGGAUCUUUCCACUGACAGUGGCAUUUCGCUUUUGCGAGACAUCCUUUCGAAGGAUAAUGUUGUUGCUGUGCACAUGUCACCUCCUUCCAACUUCAGUGACCUUGCAGUAAGCAUUUACACGGAGUGUUGUGCCAAUGGUCUUCUUUGCUGCCUCGACGCCCCGUGCAGCUCCAACCUUUGGAAACUUCGUGACCUCCGGGGUGCCUGUCCGCAAAUCUCCACCCACUACAGUCCUUGCUUCGUGCACGACGGGCUGUGUCAGCAUAGGCGCCUGCUUCACAACUUCCCUGCACUGUCAAGCCUUAGCUUUCCGUGUGGAGGGGGAUGCAAACCACCAAAUCCGGCGUUGCCUUUGUCUUCGUCCCCUGGUCAGCUUUGUGCCAUGGUAGCAAGGGCCUUUGCUGUUGAAUUGCAACACCAGGGUGCUCGGUUUCCAGCAGCAGAACUUCAGGAGCUUGGGCUCCAGUUGGCACGAGCCGCUCAGGUUGCCUCCGGAAAGCAACCCAAAGGCAAACGUGUUCCGCCUUUGGUCUCUGAGUACAAGUCCAUCAUCACUGUCACUGGCCCUUCUUGUGCUAUGCCCCCGAAGCAACUCUCGGAAGAUUGGGCCAUUCCUGAUAAAGUCUUGUGCAAGCCCUCCUUAAAGCGGCUACCCAAGACCGCCAAGCUGAUUCGCACUGAGCGAACUUAUGGUAUCGCGUGGACCCCAGAAGAGUUCGUCAAACAGGAGUCACCUGCCGACCUUGCCAGAGAACGCACUGCUACGUUGAGGAGGUGGAUGCUUACCUCCGAGGAGGCGGCAUCCCGUGCAGAUCCCUCCGACAUGCCCGACCACUGUGCCGCAGUUCUUGGUAAGAAAUCCAUGAAAGUCUUCAAAUCGCUCUUGACUGAGGCCGAGUACCCGGACACAACCUUGACCAAGGUUUCCGCUGCCUCGCUUACCGUUGAGGAUGUUCGUGCAGCCACUCCCCUUGCCAGGAAGGCCAUCCUUACCUCUACCAGAGAAGGUUUCGACCGCGAGGAAUCGGACAUCCCCCCGGAUGCCAUAGCUGAAGAAGAGCGUGAUCUUGCGAUCUGGUUCGAGCGUGUUCGCAGUGAAAGCAAUCCUGCAGAUGCCCCUUCGCGGGGCGACCACAGUUUUCCCGCCUUUUCCAGGCGGCGCUUCAAUGUGCAAUCCUUGCUGACCGAUCUUUGCGGUUCUGCAAAACUUGGCCAGCUAGAAGCAGGUCAAGGUGAUGCGACGAUGAGUAUGCAGGAGGCCGUGCAGCAAGUGCCAGCGGCACCGGUUACUGAGCCAGCCCCUCAAGUGAGUGUUAAUGACGUGACCCAGCUUGCAGCUCUCGUGCAAGCUGCUUCGAGUGCGGCUGCCAGUGCUGCUAGUGCUGUGUCGCGCAUGCAGGAGCAGAAUGAGCGUGGGACUGAGCGACAGUACUCAGGCUAUACGGAUGCAGCGAAGGUUUUGAAGUAUCCUGAAGGCUUCGGUGGAGGUGAUUCUCACGAGACGGACCUUGCCCGCUGGCAGGAGUUUGCGCACAGCUUUCGCUCUUGGAUCCUUUAUGCUGAGCCAGCUUUUGAGACUGAGCUGGAUAUGAUUGAGAAACAUCCCGAUGUUGUGAUCACCUUGGGUGAGAUGGCUCGUGCAACGGGUGUGCGCGCCCGCAGGCUCUACGCGAUCUUGUCAGGGUUGCUGAAGGGCAGGCCGUUGGUGAUGUUGAGAGCUGUUGAAGAGCAUAAUGGGUUCGAGCUUUGGAGGCAACUCAUUAGUGUGUACGCUCCACGUACGCGUGCACGCUCGUUGGCGCUAUUGAGCGCCUACAUGGCUUAUCCAGCCUUCGUGAAAGAGAGAAGCAUUCGCGAGCAGGUGAGUGCCCUCGAGAGGAUAUCGGAAGAGUAUCAAAAGGAUGUUGGUGCAUGCCCCGGUGGAGAUGAACCAUAUGAUGCCUGGUAUGAUGAUGGUGACACGUACUCGUAUGACGAGUGGCAUAAUGAUGAUGCUGAUGAUGACUGUGGACUGUCAAGCAUCAGCCUUGAGGACCAGUAUGACUGCCUCGAGGCUAUCAACGAGAUGUACCUGGGCCGAGGCCCACAGGUCAGGGCUAUCACGCAUGAUGAAGUGGACAUCAUACUUGAUUCCGGUGCUGAUGUGUCAGCACUUCCCUUGCGGUUCUCCAAUGUUGGGGUCAAGGACAGGUCUUCGAGCAGCAUGAAGUAUUCAGAUGCCCAGGGAAACCCUCUUCAGGUACGUGAGUUUCGCAUUGCUGAGGUGAGGAUCGGCCCGUGCCGGUUCUACGAGCGUUUUGCCCUGUCCAAUGUCACUCACCCCUUGAUCUGCCUUGGCAAGCUGUAUCGUGCAGGUUGGUUUGUCCGCCCUGAGAGCAAUGUCUUGAAGCUGAGCAAUGAUACUCAUUCGGUCCCGAUUGGUUAUCGUCACCAGUCUUUCUGUGCACAGGGGACCAUUCGUAUGUUGAGUCGCAGUGAAACUGAUGCCAUGAUGAGCCAGAAUACUUCCGCGAUGCCCCGGAGCAUUGCACCGCAGUCAAGUCACAUGCCCCGGAGCAGUUCAACGCAGUCAGGUCACAUGCCCCAGAGCAGUUCAACGCAGUCAGGUCACAUGCUUCAGAGCAGUUCGACGCAGUCAGGUCACAUGCCCCAGAGCAGUUCGACGCAGUCAGGUCACAUGCCCCGAGGUGAUGGUGCUUCAUCAAGUUCAGGUGCAGAUGGUACUUGUGUGCAGCAAGGUUCAGUACCGUUGCAGGUCCGCGCAAUCGAGGUCACUUUAGGCGAGAAGCUGUCUGGUCUGAGCAACAAUCGUGGCUGGGUCAAGAUUGCGCCGUCGUGCUAUGUGUUGCGAUCGAGUGCUGCACACCACGUCAACACCACACUCGGUCCAUUUGACAACCUCAUGUGGAGGCGCACCACUUUGUGUCGCAGGUCAGAUCGCUGGUACCUUGAAGAGUUUGGAGAGGAUGUGAGUGCUCUUGCAGGCGAAGGCAACCUAGAGAAGCCGUUUGAUCCCGGCGAGCCCGUGCAGUCAUGCAUAACGUUUGCAUACAACAGAGCUGACAUGUCUCCUGAGGAGCUGGGUUUUUCGUAUGCAGGGGAUAAUUAUGGUGUCAUCCUUCCGGCUCCCGCGCCGGCUGCAGCAGCAUCGGCUGAUGAUGACAUGGAUUUGUCUCCUCCUGAGGUGCCUGUUGCACCACCUGCACCAGCCGCUGAUGGCUCACCAGGUGAAGCAAACCCUGUUCCGGACAGCCCAGAAGGUCAGUUGCCUGCUGAUACUGUCGUGAUUGAGGGCGUCAGGGUGACGAGUGAGUCUUCAGCUACAGUCCUCAGGGCCGCUUGCACUAGUUUGGGCUUGAGUAAGGCCGGUAAUCGCCGUCAGUUGUGGCGCCGCUUGACGAAUCACAUCAACUCGCAACAGCUGCUGAUUGAUAAGCAUGUCGAGGCCAAUUUGGCCAGCUCGAGGGCUCGUGAUCCGGUCACCCCGGCAGUAGCCUCCGAGCCUGAUGCGGCUACCAAGGCGCGUCACUGUCUGACGCAUGAGCCUUACGAGCCUUGGUGCGAGAUUUGCAUUCGCCACAGAGCACGCCAGGACCAGCAUGCAACUUCUGUGCCGCACACCUCUUCAGGGAAUGCUGUUGUGUCAUUUGAUUUUGGGUUCUUAUCGCGAAAGGGCCAGAGUCUUUUGAGCACGAAGCCUGAGGUCGGAGAGGACAGUUUGACUGUGCUAUUUUGCGUUGAUCGUGCGAGCAAAGCUGUGUUUGCCAUCCCUACACAAAGCAAAGCAGGUGCUGCAACCUCGUUCUUGGUUACUGAGGCAGCCAGGUUCAUAUGCUGGUUGGGACACUCAAACGUCAAGUUGAAGUCGGACAAUGAGAGGCCGAUCCUUCAUGUCAUGCAUCAUUUGCAACGUGCCCUCCGAAGCUUGAACAUUGGAGUGGCCUCUGAAACGAGCCCUGUGGGUUCACAUGAGUCCAAUGGCGAGGUUGAGCAAGCUUUGCAACGCGUGCGCCAGCAUGCGUGUGUUUUGAUUUCGCAGCUUGAGGAAGGUGCAGGCAUGACGAAGGAGGUGAUCAAGGUUGGUCACCCAUUGUUCCAGUGGUCCGUGCUGCAUGCUUGUUGGCUCCUCAACCGCUUCAGAGUCCUUCAGAAUGAAACUGCAUUUGAGCGAGUCAGGUCUUCGUCUUAUGAAGGCCGCAUCUGCCUCUUCGGCGAGCGGGUUAUGGGUUUCCUGCAAACAGCCAAAGCCUCAGCCCAGUGGAUCAAGGGAGUCUGGCUUGGCAAAACAUGCAGAAAUGAUGUGCACAUAAUCGGCACAGCUGCGGGAAUAUUUGUGACCCGUUCAGUGCGCCGUUUUGCAAAUCCGUGGGACCUUGACUUAGCCGUGUCAGUGGAGAAGUGUGUGUGGGAGCACGGCCUGGCAUCACUUGGAUCGCAGCUUGUGUUGGCCAAGCGUGUUGCACCGCCUGCGCCGAUACCUGUGCCAGUUCCCGCUGAGGUUUCAGGUGGUCCAGUGAUUGCACCAGGUGAUGGUGACGGCAAGGAGGCUGCAGAUGAAGGAGCUGCAAGCCCAAGCGAAGUGGCGGGGACGGACCCCAGCAGUAGCAGUAGUAGCAGCUCCCGUCGCUCCAGUGAUGUUGCAAUGUCAAUCGGUGAUUCCUUCAUGUCAGUUGCAGAUGAGGGUGCCGGCGUCGGGUAUGUUGACAAUGGGGAACCGGGCCCUGGCGGGGAUGUGAACCGCGUGCAGCUCUCUGCCGCCUCGCUUGUGUGCCCAUUCUUCUUCCCUGGUGAGUCGAUCCGCGCUGUGCAUGCGUAUGGCCACGAGGAUGAGUCUCCUGAGUUGUGCUUUGAACCUGAGCUUGUUGAAGGGUUCGAGGAGGAUGAUCUCCAGGAUGAUGAGUGGGAAGAGCCUGAAGAAGUUGAUCUGACUGACUAUGAGCAAAAGCUGAUGUUCCCACGCAGCGGUGAUGACCCACCUUCACUGUCCCAAGACAAGCUAGAUGAGAUAGAUUUGGUUGCUGAGUUUGUUGAGAUUGAGCGCCUUAAGAAGCUUUCGGUUCUCCUUGAUCCCAGCACUCUCGAUGGCCACAGUGCAGGUGAAGUGAAGCGCUUGACAACGCGCAUGGUCAAGGACUGGCGCGAGAAGGUACACCAGGGCAAGCCCAUAUGGUUGAGGCGCGCCAGAUACGUUGCAAGGGAGUUUGCAUGGUUGUGCGAACGGUCGGACACCUUUGCACCAGCUUCUUCAUGUCUCCUCAACAGACUCCUCCCGAUCUUGUACACCACAAGCACCGCUCCUGACAAGUGCCUGGUCGCUAUCGAUGUGUCAGAUGCAUUCCUCACAGUCGAUCAGACUGUGCCGACGGAGGUUGUGUAUCGCCCGACAGGUGGAGGUCCUGAGGUCAAAUUUGCUUUGGGCAAGCUGUUGCCAGGGCAACGUGAUGGAUCUGAGAAGUGGUAUGGCUCCUUCUUGCAGCACCUUAGUUCAAGCUUGAGUGUGGAGUCCUGUGAAGCCUAUCCUACACUUCUGAGGACCAAGGGUCUGGAAAGUGUGAUGCAGUUGCAUGUGGAUGACAUGCUGGCCUUCACUACAUUGAAGUACGCGAACAAUGAGCUUAAGCCCGCACUUCUUGCGAAGUACAAGAUUAAGUUCGAGGUGUUGCAGAAGCCAGGUGAUGUUCUCUGGUUCUUGAAACGCAAGUUGCACUUGGUCUCGGAGGACCAACUUCUGAUGAGCCCGCAUCCGAAGUACUUGGAAAGGCUCCAAAGACUUCUGAACAUCAGGCCUGAAGCCAAGAAGAAGACACCACUUUUCAGUGAUCUUGAGAAGUUAGAUGGGACCAAGCCAUUGAGCCCAGCAGAUGCCAAACUGUUCCGAUGUUGCGUCGGAGUGCUGCUUUAUGUUGCCCAUGAUUGCAUCGAUUGUCAGUAUAGCAUCAACAUGCUCGCGUCACGCAUGAGCUCGCCCACCGAGCUUAGCAUGAAAGGCCUACGGCAUCUUGUGAUGUACAUGAGCACCAUAGGUGAUGAAGGCCUGAUGCUGUGCAAUCGUGGAACCGGUGUUGGGUUACUUGGCGAUCGCUUUGAUCACGAUGUGGUGGUCGAGACGUUUAGCGACGCCAACUGGGCAGUUCGCCAACAGCUUGUGAACCUUGAGGCCGAAAGAUACCAGCACUCCCUUCGCUUGGGGUCGGAAGGGCUUGAACAGGUGUGUGCGAAGAUGGCCAAAUUCAAACACACUUCAUGGGAAGUUAUGAUCAACGAGGAAAGAAAUCUUGCCGUGAAUAAGUGGCUCAGCCUAGUCAUGGUCGAGCCCUUGACCUUCGGUGUAGCUAGGAACUUCUACGCCGGCAAGGCAUCGGGGAUCUCUUCGGGAUCACUUGCAGACAGCAUUUCGGAUUGCCUUGCUGCCAAGGCCACUUCGACGAUCAAUGCCAGGGCGAAUUGCUUGUUGCGGUUUGUUUCUUGGGCAAAGGGGAACAUGCCGUUUGUUUUUCCCUUGACCGAGCAUGCUGUCUACGCAUACUUCGAGGAAAGGAAGUCCACAGCAGCGGCAACUUCGUUCAGGAGCCUUCUUUCUUCGGUUGCUUUCGCUCAGCAUGUGGUAGGCCUGGAAGGGUGUGACAAGGUUUACACUUCGGGUCGCGUCCGCGGCCUUGCGUCGAAGCUUUACAUGCAGAAGAGGAAGCUCAGGCAACGGAAUCCUCUGAGGGUCUCCGAUGUCAUUCUUCUUGAAAGGAUUUGUUGCAAGCUUGAAGACAGGUCUUUGCAAGACCGUAUCGCCGCAGGUUUCUUUCUUUUCUUGAUUUAUGCAAGAGCUAGAUACAGUGACGGGCAAAAUGUAGCAUCGCUGACUGAUUCGCCGCUCUACUUGGAGUGCAGUGUGGGCAGGUCUAAGACGAGUUUCUCUUUGGAACGCAAGACCAGGUACUUGCCAAUGGCUGCCAGGAAGGUGGGCAUCAAGUGUGCAUGGGCCGAUGCGUGGCUUGAGGCUUUGUCAGAGGCGGGUCUUGCGAUCAAGCCGAACGACCCGUUGCUCCCCUGCCCUUCUUCGAAUGGUUCGUGGAAGAUGAUCCCGCUUCCGUGCGAUCAGGCUUGCUCGUGGCUCAGGAGCCUGCUGGGGAACGCUCAGAGCGAUCCCUACCUUGCAAAUGUAGGAACACAUAGCCUUAAGAGAACUUUGCUGAGCUGGGCAAGCAAGCGUGGUCUGCCCAGGGAACUGAGGGCCCUCUUGGGGUAUCAUACGUCCCGAGCCUCGGGCGCGGGAUCAGAGCUCAUCUAUGAGUCCGACGCCCAGUCGGCUCCGCUCAGGGCUUUGUCAUCUAUGAUCGACGAGGUGUCGUCCGGGGCCUUCAAGCCCGACAAACCAAGGGGGCAGCAGCUUGCUUCCGAGCUGUCGGCGAAUGCCGAUCCACCGGGCGAUGAGAUCGAGUCGUCAGACUCUGAGGGCUCCGAAGACGAGGAGGAGAUCGACCACUCAGGGGACGAAGCUUGUGUUGCCGAGGCUUUGGACUGGCAUGGGAAGGUCGAUCUUGACAAGAUUGAUCCCUCGUGUGUUUUCUUUCGGCAUCGCCAAUCCAGGGUAGUGCACAUCACUGCCGACGAAGCCGGCGCCAACCUAGGCUGCGGUAGGACCAUUUCGGGUCAGUACAGGAAGCUGGAGGUCGGUUUGGCAUCUGCGGAUGUCGAAAAACUCGAGAAGGUGGGUGUGGAUUCACUCGCAAAGGUAGCUUUCAUGACGAGCUACACGCCGGGCUCUGGCGAUGACAAGGACCUUAUUGCAGCGUUCGAGUCGGCCCUCGGGACGCCGCCCUCUGUAGGGCAGAAAAGCUCCUUCCGAAGGUUAUUUCAUGAAGCAUAUGCUGUUACCACUUCGGAAAUGAAGAUGCUUGUGGAGCGGACGGAUGAAUCCAUCCCAAGAAAAUUGAGCGUCCCAGAGAGAUCUGAGAGGUUCGAGGUAGUGAGCAAACGCCUUGUGGGCCUUUCGAUCAAGAACCGUCUUGAGCCUGCCGAUAGCCUCGUCGACUCCUUCGUGUCCCAGUAUGAACAGGACAAGCUGCAGUUUGUCCCGUGGGAGAAACUUGUUUCCAAAGAACAAGAGGCCUCAACAGGGGCAAAGCGAGAGCCUUUCUUCUCGCUGGACAGUACGGGCAAGCUCAGGUCGGAGACGAAGGUUGAGGUCCGUGCCGAUACUAGCACGGAGCUGCUCUUGCAGCUCGCGCUUCAAAGGCGCGGCAUCGCUAUGGAAAUGGCGAACAUCCUCGACUACCAUCGUCACCACAUGUGGGUUGAGCGCAUUCUUGCGGCGCGCCUCGACGCACCUCCGUCGACGCACAUGCAGCCCACACUUGAUCAGUGUCAGCAGGCUGACAGGAAGCUUUGGCAGCUUCUCGGAGAAGCGACCCGCUCAGGCAUCCAGCUCAAAGCUGGGGGGCGUCCAUUGGACGCCAUCUUCGAGGACACAUGGCAGUCACCGGAGGUGCUUCAUCUGCUUCAGCCGAUGCCUCGGGCAGCAGGCGCUUCAGUCACGCAGCAGGUGGCACCGCCGCCGAGGCCGCACGGGCCGGGCCCGUAUGAUCGUCCGGGAAAAGGCCGAAAGGGCGCAGGGAAAGGUGCCAAGGGCACCAAAGGCAGCGGGAAAGCGUCCUGGAAUGCAAUCUGUGUGGGCCAGAAUACGCUGUCAGAUUUUCACAGGGAUUCCGGCAACCAACGGGGUUCUUUGAACCAUACCUUCUCGCUGGGCACCUUUCAAGGCGGCCAGCUCUGGCUUGAAGAUGCGGCAGGCACUUCCGAGGCCACGAGUCCCGCAGGCGAGCAGAUCCGGGGUGGGCAACCUUCCGAGUUGCUCCCUUUGGGCUUUCCGUGUGGAUCCGCCGCUGUGACUUCGCAGUCCUCUGGCGCGCAAUCUCCGCCCGAUGCAAAGGUGUCGCCUUCGCAGCGUGAAAAGCCUUUGUUCUUAGAGAUUUGUAGCGGGUCGGCUAUGCUGUCUUAUGUCGCCAAGGAGGCAGGCUACAGUGUUGUGCCAAUCGAUUGGCACCAUAACAAACAAAGAUCCUGUGUGCACACUCUGCAGCUUGAUCUCCGCUUGGCCAGCACAUGGUCAUUCCUGCGGCGCAUUUGCUCCGAAUACCAUGUCGCUUGGAUCCACAUGGUAGAUCAAGCUCGUGUUGAGAGUGCCAACUCCAUCUACGACCACAUGGAGUCCUUCUGCGACUGGCUGCUUCGAUUCAUGCCUCAUAUCCCGUUCUCCGUUGAGAACCCGUUGCACAGCUACCUUUGGCAAUUCCCGAAGUGGGCCGCAAUGGUCCAACGGCACUCCUUUGUCACAUUUGACUCGUGCCGGCACGGCUCGCAACGCAAGAAGGCCACGGCCCUUCUCACCAAUUCUGACUUCCUGCACUGCCUCUCGGGCCCCUGUCCCGGCUGCUCCUCGCAUCUCCCAUGGGGUAAGCAGGGUCGUACCUUUGCAACCGCUGCAGAAACAGGGUAUCCUAAGCUUCUUUGUGAACGGAUAAUCUCAUGUGUGGACAAGUCCGCCACCUUGCGGGGCAUUGCGCCGGACCGACUGACUGUUUCAAAGGUCUCUGCUGCACGCGCCGCGGGUCAGGUGCAGCCAAGAGGGCGCACGUUCCCACCGAUCAUUUCCGAAUUUGCUUAUACCGUUUCUGUUGGCAGCGCGGCAGCCCCCACUCUCAAUUCCAAACAAUGCUUGUCAUCUGCAUGGCACGGCGUCCCUGCAGGUUCAAAGCUCCUCCGGGAGUCAGUGGAGAGGGGAGGUUCGCGACUCCCUGAGGGCAACAAGUUCUACGUGUUCGGAGUGUAUCGAUCCAUGCAGGCUUUCUUGAACGAAGCAAAGCUAGUCGUGCACCCGUUUGAUUCCGCCAGGUCGCUCCCAGAUGAACUUUUGCGAGUCUUGUUCGACACACUCACUAAGGGUCCGGUCGACACGAUGAGACAUCGCCUUCUUAAGCUGCAGCACUGGCGUGCCCUUGCCAAACAGCUUGAGCCCGAAGAAGAGAAAAUCAGGUCAGCCAUGGAUCCGUGUGUGAGGAGGGUCCUCGGCAACAAGCGUAUAGCGCUCAUGAAGAGCGUUGCCGCAGAAUUGUCGUGGCCUGACACCACUCUCUUCGAUGACCUUGCUGCCGGUUUUAAAUUAACGGGGUACUUAGGUCGCACGGGGGUCUUUGCUAGUGACGUUAAGCCUGCCACGAUGGACCUUGAUGAAUUUUGGUCGAGCGCCCCGCUUCGCAGGGAAACUCUUCUUGAAAAGGUCAAGGGCCAAAAGGACCAUGACUAUGCCGAUGAGCUCUGGAACAUGACGCUUGAAGAGUCCGAUAAGUCUGGGAAGAGCUGGCUUGACGGCCCGUUCGAUGUCGACUCUCUGGGGAGCAUGUUCCCCGACGGUUGGAACGCCUGCCGGCGUUUUGCAGUAUGGCAGGGCAAAUGGCGUGCCAUCGAUGACUUCUCGGAAGCUGCGGUGAAUGCGUGCUUCGGGUGCUUUGAACGCGUCACUCUCAAAGCCCUUGAUGAAAUCUGUUGGCUGUGCAUGCAGGUCUUCCGUGCCGCAAAGAAGUCGGUCUUUCUUGAUCUGGAACUCAGUUCGGGUGAGAGACUCAGGGGGCCUGUCCAUACUGCGUGGAAGGACCUCGACCGUGUUCGUCCUCACUGCAAGACAUAUGACCUUCAUGCUGCGUACAAGCAGCUCGCGUUGCACCCUGGGGAAAGGUCGAAAUCCAUUAUCCUGCUCCGGGAGCCCGGCUCCCGCGCUGUCAAGGCCUUUGUGUGCAAUACUCUGCCCUUCGGGGCUUCGGCCUCGGUUAUGCAGUUCAACAGGGUGGCGUUAUUCUUGCAAAGGGUUCUUUGGGAUCUGAGGGUAGCUGUGACGUGCUACUACGACGACUUCCCGACGAUGACUCCCUCUUUCUUGUCGGGCGGAACGGACAAUGCUGUUCAUGCCCUCAUGGACUUGUUCGGCUUCUCCUUGUCCGAGAAGGAGAAGCCGUUCUCGUGCACUGCAGAAACUUUGGGUGUUGUGCUAGACACGUCUGAUCCUGACAUGGGGCACAUCCUCGUAUCGAACAAGCCUGAGCGGGCUGCCAUGCUCGAGGGGUCAGUAGGGCGCAUCCUUGAACAAGGCCAGGUGGACACGAGGGAACUGCCUUCCCUCCUUGGUAAACUUCGCUUUGCGGAUGCUCAGCUGCUCGGUCGCACGGGGCGCCUGGCCCUUGCUGACCUUAGGCUCUUAGGCGAUAAAGGGGGUGUCUUCCAGCUGACUGAUUCACAAUCGAAUGCCUUGGCCGUUCUGAGGGCGAGACUUCUUGCGAGCAGACCCCGCGCCAUUGCUGCGAGCCCGCCUUCGAAUCCAGUCCUCAUCUUCACAGAUGGCGCAUGCGACCCGUGUGAGGGCGGCUUCACCACAGGCGUUGGAGGUGUCAUCUUCAUCCCCAGCAAAGGGGUGGCCAGGGCUUUCGGCUGCAGGGUUCCGAGCAAGCUUGUCAAGCAAUGGGCCGAGGGCAGGAAACACAUCAUAGGUCAAGUUGAGCUUUACGCGGUCGUGCUCGCCAGGAUCUUAUGGUCGAGUUACAUCGAUGGCGAAAGGUGCUUAUUCUUCGUUGACCAUUCCGGUGUGUUGAGUGCUUGUAUCAACUCGAACUCGAUCGAUGCAUCUUGGAGGAGCCUUCUCCUCCAUCUGGAGGCUGCCGACGAAGCACGCCCGUGCUUGCCCUGGUUUCAUCGCGUCCCGAGCCAGAGUAACAUAGCAGACCCACCGUCGCGUGGCAGAUGGGACGAAUUGUCGUUCCUCGGGCCUUUCACUCGUGAUACGCCGGCAUGCUUUGUCACUG